CCUCCGGGUGGCGUCUGGCGUCUGCGCUUCUUUCCCCGCGUCCGUGUCUAGCCGUCCCGUAGCCUCUCCGGCGCCUCAGCUAUUGUGUAGAGAGCUUUGCCCAGAAGAAUCUAGGAGCAAGCCUCACCAUUUCUCUCAAGACUGCCUCCAUCUACCUUCUCUUCCAGCUAUAAUUCCAGAGUCCUGCUUGUGUUUCUAAGAGUAAAGAAAAUGAAUACCUCUCUGGAGGUUGUGAUAUUUGAGGAUGUGGCUGUGGACUUCACCUGGGAGGAGUGGCAGGACUUGAAUGAUGCUCAGAGGACUCUGUACAGGGAUGUGAUGCUGGAGACCUACAGUAGCCUGGUGUCAUUGGGGCACUGCAUUAGUAAACCUGAGGUGAUCCUCAAGUUGGAGAAAGGAACAGAGCCAUGGAUGAUAGAAGAACACCCAAACCAGAGCCUUCCAGAUGUCCAGACAGUCAAUGACCUAAUUGAGAGGAGCCAAGAAAGUCAUGGCAGAUACUUGUGGCAAGGUGUAAUCAUCAGUGGCAACCAAUCAACUGAGGAGAGAGUGGAGUUAGGGAAAUCAUUUAAUUUCAGUUCAAAGCAUAUUUUAAAUCUGGUUAUAAAUAAUGGAAACUAUUCAGGAGUGGGGCAUGAGGAGUUUAAUCUAUGUCACAAUGCACUUCUUCCAGAGACUGAUGCCAUGUGUGCUGGAGAGAAAUGUGAUGAGCAUAAUAUAUCUGAGAAAUCACAGAGACAUCAUGAGCAUCUUAGUCAGCAUCCCAAGAUUCAAACUGGGCAACCUUUUCAAUAUACUGGAAAAGGACAAUCCUCCAACACAGUGCCAAUAUUUACACAUAAGAUUCAUAUGUGUGAGGCCAUCUGUAAAUAUAGUGAGUAUGGGAAAGCCUGUAAUAAGUCAGCUGUCAUUGCCCAAGAGACAACUCAAGUAGGGAAGAAAUGUUUUCAAUGUGAUGUAUGUCAGAAAAUGCUCUAUAAAAAAGCUAAACUUACUGAACAUCAGAUUAUACACACAGGAGAGAAACAUGAUAAAUACAAUGAAUGUCAGAAAUCUUUUAUUACGGAAUCAUACCUUAUCUCAUAUCAGGGAAAAUCUACAGGGAAGAAGCCUUAUCCAUGUAAUGAACAGGAGAAAAUUUUCCAUCAGAAGUCAGACCUUACUGUGCAUCAGAGAAUUCACACAGGGGAAAUAUACUGUGGAUUUAUUAACUGUGACAAAAAAUUUCAUGAGAAUUCACUUCUCAACUGUCCUCAGGCAAUUAACAAAAGUGAAAAGUCAUGUAAAUGUAAUGGAUGUAUAAAAUCUUUCAACCAUAAUUCUGACCUUACCCUAUAUCAGAGAAUUCAAAUGAGUGAGAAUCCUUAUGAAUAUGAAGAAAAUCAAAUUUUCUACAGUAAGCCAAAACUCAGUGAACAUGACAGACUUCACAUUGGUAAGAAAGCCUUUGACUGUAAUACAUGUGUGAAAACUUUUAAGCCAAAUUCAAACUUCAGCAAGCAUAAGGAAACUUAUAAGGAGUUUGGAAAAGGUUUUAACCAAAAGUCAAACCUGAGGAGAAUUCACACAGUUGAGUACCCAUAUGAAUGUAGAGAAUGUGGGAAAGCUUUUAAACAAAAGUCAGCCCUCAACAAGCAUCAGACAAUUCACACUGGUGAGAAACCCUAUGAGUGUAAAGAAUGUGGAAAAGCUUUUAUCCGAAAGUCAUACCUCAGCUAUCAUCAGAGAAUUCACACAGGUGAGAAACCAUAUGAAUGUAAAGAAUGUGGAAAAGCUUUUAACCGAAAGCCAGCCCUCAACAGACAUCAGAGAAUUCACACAGGUGAGAAACCAUAUGAAUGUAAAGAAUGUGGAAAAGCUUAUAAACGAAAGUCACACCUCAGCAUGCAUCAGAGAAUUCACACAGGCGAGAAGCCAUAUGAAUGUAAGGAAUGUGGAAAAGCUUUUAAUGAAAAAUCAGCCCUCAACAAGCAUCAGAGAAUUCACACAGGUGAGAAACCAUAUAAAUGUAAAGAAUGUGGAAAAGCUUUUAACCAAAAGUCACACCUCAGAAAACAUCAGAGAAUUCAUACAGGUGACAAACCAUAUGGAUGUAAAGAAUGUGGAAAAGCUUUUAAUCAAAAGUCACACCUCAGCAAUCAUCAGACAAUUCACACAGGUGAGAAACCAUGUAAAUUUAAAGAAUGUAGGAAAGCUUUUAACAAGUCACACCACAGAAAGCGUCAGAUAAUUCACACAGGUGAGAAACGAUUUGAAUGUAAAGAACAUGGAAAAGCUUUUAUCCCAAAGUCACACCUCAGCAUGUGUCAGAGAAUUCAGACAGGUGAGAAGCCAUGUGAAUGUAAAGAAUGUGGGAAAGAUUUUAGCCGAAAGUCAGCCCUCAACAAGCAUCAGAGAAUUCAUACAGGCGAGAAACCAUAUGAAUGUAAAGAAUGUGGGAAAGCUUUUAGCCGAAAGUCAACCCUCAGUGAGCAUCAGAGAAUUCACACAGGUGAGAAACCAUAUGAAUGUAAAGAAUGUGGAAAAGCUUUUAACCAAAAGUCACACCUCAGCAGGCAUCAGAGAAUUCACACAGGUGAGAAACCAUAUGUAUGUAAGGAAUGUGGAAAAGCUUUUAACCAAAAGUCAUACCUCAGGAGUCAUCAGACAAUUCACACAGGUGAGAAACCAUAUGAAUGUAAAGAAUGUGGAAAAGCUUUUAACCGAAAGUCAGACCUCAGCAGUCAUCAGAUAAUUCACACAGGUGAGAAACCAUAUAAAUGUAAAGAAUGUGAAAAAGCUUUUAACCAAAAGUCAGCCCUCAAGAAGCAUCAUAGAAUUCACACAGGUGAGAAACCAUAUGAAUGUAAAGAAUGUGGCAAAGCUUUUCAGCAAAAGUCACACCUGAGCAUGCAUCAGAGAAUUCACACAGGUGAGAAACCAUAUGAAUGUAUAGAGUGUGGGAAAGCUUUUAACCGAAAGCCAGCCCUCAACAGGCAUCAGAGAAUUCACAAAAGUGUGGAACCAUGUGAAUGUAAGGAUUCUUCAGAAGCUUUUAACCAAAUGCCAGCCUUCAGCAUGCAUCAGAGAACUCACCCAGGGGAUAACCCCUGUGAAUGUAAUGGAUGUUGAAAAACCUUUAACCAGAAGUCAUACUUCAGGAUGCAUCAUAGUACUCACGCAGGAAAAAAACAUUAUGAAUAUAAAGUAUGUGGAAAAUGUCUUAAUUGAAAGUCAGACCACAGCAUUUAUCAGAGAAUUUUCACAGAUGGGAAACUAUAUGAGUGUAAAGAAUGUAGAAACGCUUUUAACCAAAAGUCCACCCUCAGCAUGGAUCAGAGAACUCACACAGGUGAGAAACCAUAUGAAUGUAAAGAAUGUGGGAAAAGCUUUUUGUUUGUUUGUUUUUUACAAGGUUACAAUUUAGAAGAUGUUAGGAUACUCAAUCAUGAAAAAACAUGAGUGUAAUAUAAGCCUUUUACUGGAACUCCUCCUAAAAGAUGAAAGAAUUCAUGCAAAGGAAAACCUCAUUGAAUCUAAUUUCUAUGGCAAAAGAUUUUGGCAGAAGUCAUAUCUCAAGAUAUCAGAGAACUUACAUGAAGAAGGAGACCUUUGUAUAUGUAAUGGUUCUCAGGUAUUGGACAUUGUCUUGAGGAUCCCCUAUUGACAUAAAAAUUUGGUGAUGCUCAAGUCCCUUCUAUAAAUGGUGUAGUGGUUCUGUAUUACCAAUUCACUUCCUGCUGUGUAAUUUACCUCUUGUGUAGAUUACUUAUACUACUGGAAAAAAUGUGAAUACUAUGUAAAUAGUUAUACUGUGUUGUUUUUCAGUUGUAGAAUUGUUUCAUUUAAUGUUUUUAUUUACUUUUGAGUAUUUUUGAUAAGUAGUUUGAAUCACUUCAGAUUUGGAAGGAUGACUGUAAUGAGUGUGGAAACAUCUUUUUUUGAAAGUCUGAAGUUUGGCUAUGGUUAGAGCAUUGUUGCUUAUAACAUAACACAAAGGACCCCUAUACCAGCCUCUCACCAAAAAUAAAUAAAAAUUAAAAAGGAAUCACAUCAUGGCAGACAUUAGAGAAUUUACACGGGAGAAAUUCUGUAUGGAUUAGACUAUGUUUUUUUUAAAUCACUUUUCUCUUAUAUGCACAGCCUGAUAUUGGAGCAUUCCAUGAUUGGGUGGAUAACCAUAAAAUCUAACUCUGUUCAGGGGAACAUAGAUAUGUGAUGAACAUUACUUCCACUUCAAGCAUCAAAAUUAAAAAUUUUUCCUUGCAGUUGUUUCUGAUUUCUCAUGUUCUCUGGGAUUUUAUGAAGAUGACUGUUGGGUGGAGUUGGG